CGUAACGAAAAACGCACGGUGCCGGCUGCUAGACAGAUCACUUGGCCCACAGCUGAACCAGAGCUAGGACCUCCAGCAUCAUUAGCAUCACAACAACAACAGAAGCGGUUUAUUUUGGCUGAGAAAAUGACGGCUAAGAUCCCAGCAGUGAAACUCUCCAAUGGAUUUGACAUGCCAAUUCUUGGACUUGGAACCUGGAAGUCCUCUCCGGGCGUGGUGGGUCAGGCCGUGAGGGACGCGAUUGACGUCGGCUACCGCCACUUUGACUGCGCCCACUGCUACGCCAAUGAAGACGAAGUUGGCGAAGGACUGAAUGCCAAGAUCAAGGAGGGGGCCGUCAAGAGAGAGGACCUCUUCAUCACCAGCAAACUAUGGAACACAAAUCAUCCCCCAGAAAUGGUGAUCCCUGCUUGCAAAACGACCCUGAAAAACUUGGGUCUGGAAUACUUGGACCUCUACCUGAUCCACUGGCCGUUGGGCUACAAGGAUGGACUUGAGCGUUUCCCGACUGACGAAAACGGCAAAAUGAUAUUUAGUGAUGCAGACUUCGUGGACACCUGGCCCGAAAUGGAGAAGCUGGUUGAGAUGGGACUCGUCCGAUCCAUUGGCUUGUCAAACUUCAACAGCCAGCAGAUUGAUAGAAUUUUGAAAAUUGCUAAAAUUAAACCCGUGGUCAACCAGGUUGAGUGCCACCCUUACUUGAACCAAAAGAAGCUGAUGGAGUUUUGCAAGUCCAAGGGCAUUUCCAUCACAGCUUACUCUCCACUAGGCUCUCCUGACCGACCUUGGGCAAAGCCAGGUGAACCUGGCCUGCUUGACGACAAGAAGCUGAAGGAGAUGGCUAGCAAGCUGGGCAAGAGCGUCGCGCAGCUCGUCAUCAGAUACCAGGUUGAGCGUGGGAACGUUGUCAUCCCCAAAUCGGUGCAUAAGGAAAGGAUGGCCGAAAACUUCAACGUAUUUGAUUUUGAACUAGGCGAACAGGGGAUGCAAUACAUCGACUCGUUUGACUGCAAUGGAAGAGUUUGUGGAGAAUUAGGGGCCAUUGACCACCCUCACUACCCGUUCCACAUUGAAUUUUAGAUAGAAGAAUGAUGAAAUUGUAGAAAAAUGAUUGAGUUUGAAUUAAAACCAUUUGAUUGUAAA